UGGACCAGAGGGUCACUGAGGUCCCUUCCGCCUAUGUUUUUCUAAAUUGUCUUCCCACCUUCUUUGAGCAACUGUGUCCUCUCCUCUUUCCCAGAAGAUUUCAUUGCCUGACACUAACACCAGUUACCCUGGUCUCUAGGGUACAAGGCAGAGGGGGAGCAGCUGGUCCUGGCAAAGGGAGGGCCCCAGGCGGGGUUUUGAAGGGGUAGGAAGGAGGAAGCUGGGCACAGUCAGGGAGCAGACAGAGGAGCAGGAGUUCCAUCCUUCCAUCCCUGCCAGUGUAGGUGGGUGCAGCCAUGGACCCCCUCACGCCUCAGCCUAACUGGACCGAGAUCAUGAACAGAAAGCUGAAGUUCCCGCCUGCACUGCUGGGUGCCAUCCAGGAGGGGCAGCUGGGCCUGGUUCAGCAGCUGCUGGAGUCGGGGGUCGAGGCCACGGCUGGCGGGCCAGGCGGGCCCCUGCGGAAUGUGGAGGAGGCCGAGGACCGCUCCUGGAGGGAGGCCCUCAAUCUGGCCGUCCGCCUAGGCCACGAGGCCAUCACUGAUGUGCUAUUGGCCAACGUCAAGUUCGACUUCCGGCAGAUCCACGAGGCCCUGCUGGUGGCCGUGGACACAAACCAGCCAGCAGUGGUGCGCCACCUGCUGGCCCGGCUGGAGCGGGAGAAGGGCCGCAAGGUGGACACCAGGUCUUUCUCACUGGCUUUCUUUGACUCAUCAAUUGAUGCCUCCCGCUUCGCCCCCGGUGUCACCCCCCUCACCCUGGCCUGCCAGAAGGACCUGUACGAGAUCGCCCAGCUGCUCAUGGAGCACGGCCACACCAUCGCCCGGCCCCACCCCGUCUCCUGCGCCUGCCUCGAGUGCAGCAACGCGCGCCGCUACGACCUGCUCAAGUUCUCCCUGUCCCGCAUCAACACCUACCGUGGCAUCGCCAGCCGCGCCCACCUCUCCCUGGCCAGCGAGGAUGCCAUGCUGGCUGCCUUCCAGCUCAGCCGCGAGCUCAGGCGCCUUGCCCGCAAGGAGCCUGAGUUUAAGCCCGAGUACAUUGCCCUGGAGUUGCUGAGCCAGGACUACAGCUUUGAACUGCUGGGCAUGUGCCGGAACCAGAGUGAGGUCACUGCGGUGCUCAAUGACCUGGGCGAGGACAGCGAGACUGAGCCCGAGGCGGAGGGUCUGGGCCAGGCCUUUGAGGAGGGCAUCCCCAACCUGGCGAGGCUGCGGCUGGCCGUCAACUACAACCAGAAGCGGUUUGUAGCACACCCCAUCUGCCAGCAAGUCCUGUCCUCCAUCUGGUGUGGGAACCUGGCUGGCUGGCGUGGGAGCACCACCAUCUGGAAGCUCUUGGUCACCUUCCUCAUCUUCCUCACCAUGCCCUUCCUCUGCCUUGGCUACUGGCUGGCGCCCAAGUCCCGGCUGGGCCACCUGCUGAAGAUUCCAGUGCUAAAGUUCCUGCUGCACUCGGCCUCCUAUCUGUGGUUCCUCAUCUUCCUGCUGGGAGAGUCCCUGGUCAUGGAGACGCAGCUGAGUACCUUCCAAGGCCGCAGCCAGAGCGUCUGGGAGACUUCACUACACAUGGUUUGGGUUGCAGGCUUCCUGUGGUUUGAGUGUAAGGAAGUGUGGAUCGAGGGCCUGCGCAGUUACCUCCUGGACUGGUGGAACUUCCUGGACAUGGUCAUCCUGUCCCUGUACCUGGCGGCCUUCGCACUGCGCCUCCUCCUGGCGGGGCUUGCCCACGUGCACUGCCGAGAUGCCCCGGAUGGGGCCGCCUGCCACUACUUCAGCUCCGCGGAGCGGAGAGAGUGGCGCGUGGAGGACCCCCAGUUUCUGGCUGAGGUGCUCUUUGCUGUCACCAGCAUGCUCAGCUUCACCCGCCUGGCCUACAUCCUGCCGGCCCACGAGUCGCUGGGCACCCUGCAGAUUUCCAUUGGCAGGAUGAUCGACGACAUGCUCCGGUUCAUGUUCAUCCUCAUGAUCAUCCUGACUGCCUUCCUCUGUGGCCUCAACAACAUCUACGUGCCUUACCAGGAGACGGAGCGGCUGGGCAAUUUCAACGAGACCUUCCAGUUUCUGUUCUGGACCAUGUUUGGCAUGGAGGAGCGCGGCGUGGUCGACAUGCCUCAGUUUCCCGUGCCGGAGUUUGUGGGCCGGGCCCUCUACGGCCUCUUUACCAUCGUCAUGGUCAUCGUGCUGCUGAACAUGCUCAUCGCCAUGAUCACCAACUCCUUCCAGAAGAUCGAGGACGCUGCUGACGUGGAGUGGAAGUUCGCGCGCUCCAAGCUCUACCUGUGCUACUUCCGCGAGGGCCUGACGCUGCCCGCGCCCUUCAACAUCCUGCCCUCCCCCAAGGCGAUCUUCUUCCUCCUCAGGAGAAUUUUCCUCUUCGUGUGCCGUUGCUGCUCCUGCUGCAAAACCAAGAAGCCAGACUAUCCCCCAGUCCCCACCUUUGCCAAUCCUGGGGCAGGGGCAGGACCUGGGGAGGGAAAGCGUGGAUCCUACCGACUUCGUGUCAUCAAGGCCCUGGUACAGCGCUACAUAGAGACUGCCCAGCGGGAGUUUGAGGAGACCCGUCGGAAAGACCUGGGCAACAGACUGACAGAGCUGACCAAGACGGUAUCUCGACUGCACAGUGAUGUAGCCGGUGUGCAGCGGACUCUGGUGGAGGGAGGGCAGUGUCGGCCACCGGACGGUGCCAGCAUUCUCAGUCGCUACGUCACUCGGGUGCGCAACAGCUUCCAGAACCUAGGUCCCCCCAUCCCUGAGACCCCGGAGCUGACAGUGCCAGGGAUUGUGGAGACCCAGGUGUCUUCAGAAACCUGGCUUCAGGACACUGGAGGGGCUAGGACUCCAGCAUCUGGAGAGUCUGGCCUCUCCUCCCCAGCUCAUGUGUUAGUGCACAGGGAGCAAGAAUCAGAGGGGGCUGGAGACCUGCCCCAGGAGGAAGAUCUGGGAACCAAGGAGGGGUCCUGA